AUGAACACGAUCCAUCAGUUUGGGGCGCUCGUGAGGUUUUUGUUCCGCUUCGCUAACCUUAGCUUCCAGGCCAAGAUGUUCUGUCACGGCGUGGACGACGGGACCCUGCAGCCAAUCCUCCAGAUGCAGCACGAGGAUCUCGAGGAAUUCCAAAGGAUGAGCAAGGGAAAGCACCGAGAAAACGAACCGCCCGACUUUGAGCUUGCCAAAGACUGCUAUAAGUCGGAGCUGGCAUCCCAAGCCCAGCUCGUCGCGGACAGAUGUAUGUCUAAGAGCAUCGCACGAGCCAUCCAGACCGACAGUGAAGUCAUCAGUGCUCUCGUAGCGCAAGAGAAGCAGGCGCAGAGAGACAGAGAAGCGGCUCUAGGUGUAAGCCGUGGGGGAGUCGUCGGCGAGGAUGGCACGAACGAUGUAGAGGUUGUUGUAGGAGAGACGCCCUGCCUGGAUGAUGAGCUCUUGGGAAAGCUCAAGACAUUCAACGAAUCUGCAGGAAGCACUGCCGAUGAAGAACGCGACGAAGACGACACACUGAUGCAACCAGAGUCAUCCUCGUGGGCCGAUUCACGAGCGCAUUCCAACCAGGCCACAAGCGAUGGCGAGAGAAAGCGAAGAGAGUGUAUUUGCUGCUUGAACCAGCAUGACUUUACUGACGUUGCAUGCUGUCCGUGCGGCCACGAGUACUGCCGUACCUGCCUUGAGGCACUCGUCGAGAUGUCUCUUACCGACGAGUCUCUAUUCCCGCCCAGAUGCUGCAGCAAAUCGAUCCCGAUUGAGGACAACCGAACCUUCCUCCCAUCGAAACUGAUUGGGCAGUUUCGGGCCAAGGCGCUGGAGUUCUUGACGCCCGACAGAACAUACUGUCAUCUGGCGACCUGUUCAACCUUGUCCCCAAAGAGUUCAUCAGGGACGACAUCGCCACCUGCCCCAAGUAACUGUGGGCAGGACACGGCUACCCAAAGCCUGCUCCAACUCGCCAACAAGAACGGCUGGCAGCGAUGCUAUGGUUGUCGCCGAUUCGUAGAGCUGGUCACCGGUUGCUACCACAUGACUUGUCGCUGCGGAGCUCAGUUUUGCUACCUUUGCGGUAAAAAAUGGAAAACCUGCAAAUGUGCCCAUUGGAACAAGGAGAGGCUCUUCGCUCGCGCCAACGUCAUCGUGAACCGCGACGCAAACAUUCCAGUGCUGCAACCCCAGCAAUUGGCCCGGCGGAUGGAGAGGGAGGUGCAAAACCUCCUUACUGGGCCAAGCGCUCAGCCCCGGGCGAGUGCGAGGAGUGCCACGACUACAUGCCCCGUUUCAUCUUGGAAUGCGUGCAAUGUCGAAUUCGAGCUUGUCAAAGGUGCAGGCACAAUCGACUUGCGUAACUAA